AUGUGCAAAAGUCUUAGGCAGGUGUGUACUUUUUUUAUUUCAGCAUUUUUUCUUUUUUUUUUUAAGUGUUUAAAACCAAUGUAGUACAAGAAGAUUAUUGGUAACAAAACGAAAUAUUUUUUCAUUGGUUGUACAGCCUGGUGAAUCACUGCCACUCAAUGGCCAUGCGUCCCCAGUCUAGGCCUGCAACCCAUAUGUUUUUUUUACAUAGAUAGUACUUCUGUAGUUCAGUGUUGUUGAGAGGAGGUUUCUGGUUUUUUACAUUCGCAAUAAUCACUUGAAAAAGAAAAAAAAAAUGCUGGGAAAAAAAAACGGACACUGGCCUAAAACUUUUGGACCAACUUUUGAUCCAGGAUUCGCCCUAACAUUGUCUUAUUUCAUUUCAGGAAUUAUUGACUAACAUCAUUUUGAAAAGUGAAGCACUACACAUUUUAUUGUAUACAAAUGUUGUGUUGUUAGCUGCGAGGUUGUGAUGUUUGUUCCCACUCCGUAGAGUAAUUUUUUUAUUAGACAGUGCAUCGACUCAUUUGAAAAUCAUUUCAUCCUUGAAGUCCAUACUGUUGUUGUUGUUGUCGUUGUUGUUGUUUUUAUUAUGCAUAGCAUUUGAACUGUUUACAGAGCUAACGGAGGGGAUGCAGCACAGAACAAAAUAAAAAAAACAGAGCUGUGGACUUUAUGGUGGUCACUUCUUCCCUCGUAGGUUUUACGGUGAAUUUCCCACUGUUACAGAGUCUCACAUCCACGUUAAAACGUAAUUUUAAUAGUACAUAAACUUUUUUAAUUCCCCUCAGUACCACAAGAGGGAGCCAAAGUAUCACAAGUGCCAUACCAAAUCGACAUCGCUACCAUAUUGGAGAAUAAAACAGAGCUGUUAAAAAAAAAGUAAUAAAUUGUGAAAUUCAGAAGUAGAUUCUGUGGUGAAUAUUUACUUUUGACGUCAGAUAGUACGUCAUUUUCAGGAGAGAAACAUAUAGCCACAUAGCAAAGAUGACGAGCCAGAGAACUUGUUAUUAUGAAUAACUCACAAAAUUAAGUAAAAGAAACGUUAUAUAAUUUAAUUUGUUAAGACUUAACUGUAGUUUUGUCGUUUUAUUGAAAAUGAAAACGUUAAAACGAUUGUGUCGUUAUCCAUGUUUAAACGUGGACCACGAAGAAGGUUCUGGAUUUUUUUUUUUUUUUUAAAUGGCGGAAGAACGGUGCCCCCAACGGGACACGGAUACGAUAAAUAAACGUUUCUGGAAACGUUUUUCUCCUCCGUACGAAAGUUAUAAAUACAUCUGGAUUUACUUCUUACUCGUCCGUCUUAAACAAAGAGUGAACGUUAUUCCGUUUGAACGGAGAAAACUUUUAUUCAGAAACGCCGCACAGGUGAAUGAGAGGAGAGCUAAAUGCUAAGUAUCGGGUUAAUGCAAAUCCCGGAGCCGAAGCUAAAAGUCACACUUUGGGGAGAAGAUCUCUUCGUGUUCACCUAACGUAGAUGUUCGUACCGUGUCUCCCUGACCUGGUCCCCGACCCCUACUACAUCCAGAUCGCCACCUACGUCCAGAGGAUGCCCAUGUACAACCUGCGCUGCUCCGCUGAAGAGAACUGCCUAGCCUCGUCUGCCACGUAUGCUAACGACUACGACACCAGAGUUUUACUGCGUUUCCCUCAGAGGGUGAAGAACCAGGGAACCUCGGACUUUCUGCCCAGCAAACCACGAUACGCCUGGGAGUGGCACAGCUGUCACAAUCACUUCCACAGCAUGGACGAGUUCAGUCUGUACCAGCUGCUGGACUAUCAGUCGCAGGCACAGGUCGCCGAGGGUCACAAGGCUAGCUUCUGUCUGGAAGACACUUCCUGUGACCCGGGUUAUUACCGUCGAUUUGCCUGCACGUCACACACUCAGGGUUUGAGUCCAGGUUGCUAUGACACCUACAACGCCGACAUCGACUGUCAGUGGAUCGACAUCACCGACGUUUCACCUGGAAAAUACAUCCUCAAGGUGACCGUCAACCCCCGUCAGCAGGUACCAGAGUCCAACUUCAACAACAACGUGGUUCGCUGUGACGUGCAGUACACCGGCACUGCCGCACACGUCUCCGGGUGUUCCAUGACGUCCCACUGAGACGACGCCACCUAGAGGCCGAAGGCGGACACGUACGGUGGAGGAAGGAGACGUUAAUAUCAAAGUUACAGUUUAAGGUGGAAUCGUAAAAAAAAAAAAAAAAAAAAAAAAUUUACUUGAAAAUGCGACAAAUGGGUUCAAACCGAACGAAUACAAUUGAACUGUGGUAAAUAAAAAAUAUUAGAAUAAA